AUGAAAGAGGAUCCAGAUAACCAUGUAUUGUCCCGAACAACACCAUGAUGGUUUGAAAAUUUGGAAAAAAAGAAUAAUACAUCGAAUACAUUACGAUCAUCAUUACUUCAUCCAGUUAAAGGAGUAUCAUUGACGUCGACUUCUUCGAAUAUACAAAUAUCAUCUCAAGGUCAUAAUGAGAUAAAUAUAGAAAAUUCUGUAGAACAAAUGCAAACAUUAUCAUCAAAUGCAUCUCAAUUAGUACCAUCAAUUGAAAUAAUAGAUGAUGAAUAUAUAAAAUAUUCAUUAUUUAAAAGAAUGUUCAGUAAUCUAAAUUCUUUAUUACAUAUACUUAAUAAUCAACAUUUAUCAUCUCAUUCUCAAAUGGUUAAGUCAACAAUAUCCGAAAUAAAAAUUUUAGAAUCAAAUAUAGAUUUAAACAAUGAAAAGUCAAUAUCUAAUGCUAGAAAACUAAUUUCCUUCAUAAUAGCUGAAUAUCAAACAAAAUUUAGUUAUUAUUAUUUAAGACAAAAUAAAUGUAAAAUUAAUUUACUAUUGAAAAAUUCAUUUACAUCUAUAAUAACAAUUCUGAAAAAAUUUUCAAUUAAACUUCAACGUUAUAGACCACAAAAUUAUAGAGAUUAUCUAAUCAGAAGAUCAAAUCAAUCGUUAACUACUUCAUCGACAAUAGUACAAAAAAUAUAA